CCAGUUUCUCCUGGGAAGAAGAUGAAACGUGAUGACCCUGACAGACCAUCCAAGAAGAUGAAGGACUCCAGUGGCAAGUCUAGAGAUGUCCUAGCCUCCCCUGGCCCUCCGCCGGGUGUGAAGCCGGCUAAGGUGAAUAAAGUUAAGUGUUCCGUACAGAAAUAUGAACCAGUGUUCGAUGUGCCUGACCUUGGGCCCCCAGAGCAGCCCAAACCUCCACCACCCAAAAAUGACAUCACCAACCGCUUCUGGGCAACUGUAGAGCAAUAUUGUCAAGAAAUCACUGUUGAUGAUAUAAAGAUGCUUGAAGAUUUGAUCAACAAUCCAAAUGAUGACAGUGACUACUAUAAAACACCUCCACUAGGAAGACACUACACAUUACGUUGGGCUCAAGAAGACCUGCAAGAUGAACAGAAAGAAGGUGUAAAACUUGCAGAGGGGAAGAAGAAAAAUGUUAAGACAGAUUCAAGUAGCUCAGAUAUGUCUGAUAAAUUGUUAAAGGAAGUGGAUAUGAAUGGGUGUAAUGAUGAUGUAGCACCUUUUGGUCCCCUGACCCAAAGACUAAUUGCUGGUUUAGUAGAAGAAAAUGUUUUAGUGUCUGAUAUAGAAAACAAAGCUGUAGAUGGACUGGGCAUAAGUCGACCGGGGAUGAUAAGGUCACUGGGGCUGGCAAGUGCUUCCAGCCUGGAGAAACGCAUUAAGAAAGAACUUCAAGAACAAGGGGUCUUGGAGGCAGAAUAUGGAAAUGAAGACGAUGAUGAUGAAAUCCUAUCAGAGUUGAGGAGAUGUCAGGCAGAACUACGUGCAGUAUCAGCCCAUAAUGCGCAGCAGUUAAGUCGUUUGUUAACCUUAGCCCGUGAAUCCUUAGUUCGCCAUGAUUUGAAAAAGAAGCUUCGAGAUGCAGAUCAAAAGGUUUUAGAGGCAUAUCGUACAAUAGCAGCUGCACGUCAAAAAAAGAAGACCCCCUCUAAGAAAGAUAAGGACAUUGCAUGGAAAGCCAUCAAAGACCGAGAAGUAAUUGUUCGUCAACUUGAUUUAGCAUCAAAUAACAACUGCUAGAUGUAACAUAACUAUAUUACAAGUUAGAUUGUAUGUUCUUGCAAAGUUCUUAAAUGAAAAUGUCUGGCAAAAACUUAAGAAGCCUUAUAAAUUACUGUAAUCAUGAAAAUGUAUUGAGAUAGUAAUGAUACUGCCCUCAUACUGAAAGAAAAGGUAUGAUUAGUAUACUGUCUGUAAAGUUUACUAAUCAUUCCAGAUGUUUGUGGACUGAAAGAAUUAUUAUUAUCUUUUAAUACAGAGAUUAGAAUGGAGGUAGACUGGAAUAAUAGGCACAAAAGCUUUGAUAAUGGGACAAUCUGUUAUGUUUUUUAUUUUCUAAAUGUCGACAUGGAUUGAUUUGUGUUACAGUAUGUUAAUGUUUUUUGUGUAAAUUACUUGUUUCAGCUCCUCCCCAUAUUUUUAAAAAUUUGUUCAUUAUUUUCUUUAAAAAUAACUUUAAAGCAACUUUAUAAGAAUAUUACUAGUAAUGUGUCAAAGGGAUUAUUUAUUUAUUUGUGAAUAUUUAUGCUUGAUUUUUUAAUAUAUAAUUUAGAGCAAUCUUGAGAAGGUCUUUGUAGAUGGCCUGCCAUUUGGAUCUGAGUAUUAUUUAUAGAUUAAUAUUAUAUAUUUUUAUCAUUGAGCAGUAAUGAUCCCUAAACUAUGAUGUCUUUGAACUUCAUAUUCAUAAAACAAUCAGGUGAGGUUACAUUUUUUUUUUUACUAAAUGUGCAUAUUUUCUUGUAUAUUCAGGUAUAUAUCUAUAACCCACUUGAAGGAGAGUGGAAAUAGUCGUGAGAUUGAUUCUAAUUCCAUACUUUCACAGGUAUUAAUAUAUUUUGUACAAAAUAUAUUAGGAUUGUUUCAGGGUUUCCAGAAUGAGAUAAUUUUCAAUCUUUUUAAAAUUUUUGAAAUACUUUGGGAACUAUUUUUUUUAAACCCAGAUUUGAAAAACAUAAGAUACGAAGAGAGCCAAAGAAUUCUAAAUCUGUCGUAAUUGUUAGAUACUCCCUCCUUUUUUUUCUUCAGAGAUGUCUUUUAGACUUAUUCUAGUAUAAUUUGCAUUAUAGGUGUGCAAAUAACAUAUGAAAUGUAUUUGAAGCUGCUGUUUUUUGCAGUGUAAGGAUGACUGACAGGAAUCAUGUUUUAUGAUGAAUAUUAAACAUUUACAGUACUA